AUAAUAUUAUAUAAAUUGUAUCAUUCACAAGUUUCUGUAUCAGUUAGUUCUUAAAGGAAGGAAGAGAGAUGGAGAUGGAUGGUAACUUCACUUUAUCUGAUAGAAGAGAUGGCAUAGCAUUAGCAGUAGUCCUUACAAUUGAAGUCAUACUAGCAGCAAUUGCUAAUGGAGCUGUACUAUGCAUCACUAUCUAUCAAAGGAAGCACUGGAGACAGCCUUCAACAAUAUUCUUUACUUCUCUGAUACUGGCACACCUUGUUAUGAUGCUACUGUAUCUUCCAUUCACCAUCACUGCAUUAGCUGCUGGAGAGUGGAGUAUUGGUCGUACUAAUGAGCAGAGAAUAGGGACUUGCUUCUUUUCCAUAUUCCUUUAUAUGUAUACUGUUCUCAUUGUAUUGAUGACACUGGCUGCUAUAUCAUUUGAUCGAUUUCUCUUUAUUGUCAAACCGCAUCUUCACAAACGAUUCAUGAAACUUUGGGUCGCAGUAUCUCUUGCGGUUGCUAUCUGGAUACUGUCUGCUGUAUUGAAUGUCAUACCAUUGUUUAGUUUUGAAGAGUUGACUUACGAUGAUACAUUUGGGCCUUGUUAUCCUUCUUAUCUAAACACACUGGCCUAUGCCCUCUUCAUUGGCAUCAUAUUCGUAACAAUGAUUGCAAUAAUUGUUGUAACUUGCACCUGGACGUUUUGCUUUACUCGUAAAUUCCUAAAGGACCAGUCAAUCAUAGCAGGAGAGAGUGUCUACUCUGCAAAAAAGAGGAGACUUUUUGGCAUAUUUGGUUCAAUGCUGUUAGUGUAUAUCAUUUGUUUUACACCUGGAGGAAUCCAUUUAGCUCUCAUACCAAUUAUCGAUACUCCAUUUGGUCUUUAUGCUACAAGUUUAGCAAGUUAUCAUUUCAUCACAAUAGCCAAUCCUCUUGUCCAGUCGUAUUUUAGGCCGGAGAUUAAGAGUGUUUUUGUAUCUGCUUAUCACAAGAUGUCACCAGUUUCAGUUACUGUAAAUGACACUGUUUGA